ACUUAGCCGCUAAUGCUAGGAGUUUUCUUUUUAACUUAGCUAGCGUCUUUACGGGCGGCUGGAUGCUACGUUUGUCAUUCAAAAGCGUUUAGGGAAAGAUGGAAAGCUUCCAGUAUGAGUCGGGGACGAAACGCGUCCACGAGCCGGCGCAGGGUGUGGUUCUCAGAGCGGGUAGAGACCCCGAGGUUAUCGGCGACCGCAGGGCCCUGGACAACCUGCGGGCCCUGGAGGAGGCCUGCCGCGCGUCCCCCUGCUGCUCCGUUCAGAAGGACAUCCAGCCGCACAUGAGGAGGAUUGUCACCAUGUGGAUGCUAAAGGUGUGCGAGGAGCAGCUGUGUGAAGAGGAGGUGUUCCCGCAGGCGGUGCGCUACAUGGACUCCUACCUGAGCCGUUUUCCCAUCCAGAGGUCCCAGCUGCAGCUCUUAGGGGUGGUUUGCAUGUUCCUCGCCUCCAAAAUGAGAGAAACUGUCCCACUGACAGCUGACAAGCUUUCUGUCUACACAGACAACUCAGUCUCAGUCUCAGAUAUUUUGCAGUGGGAGGUGGCGGUGGUGUCCAGGUUAGGCUGGUGUCUGGCCUCUGUGGUCCCCUCUGACUUCCUGGAGCCCAUUCUUCAUGCUCUCCCUUUCGUCCAGGCCUCUCACCUCCAGCACAUCCGCCAACAUGUUCACUCCUACAUCGCUGUGGCAACAAUGGAUUGCAAGUUUUUGUCCUUCCUGCCCUCUACUCUUACAUGUGCCUGUGUGAGCAACGCCAUACAGAAACUAAAGAUGGUGGACAGCCACAACUUAGAGUCAGUUAUCAAGUUUUUGGCCAGCCUGUUGGCUGCUGAUCUGAGUACCCUCAUCUGCUGCUGCGAGCUGUUAGGAAGCGUGUUGGAGCUCAGUCUGCCCUCCUGGAUCCAGGAGGGAGUUGGCAGGAGAGAAGCACACAGUUCAGAGAUCAGCUGCGGUCCUGCACACAUCCAGGAUGUCAUCCUGACACCGCUUGUACCAUCUCAGGAAAUGAAGCUCAAACACUCCUCCCUGCCAUGAACUGUUCAGAUGAUUUAAACUAAAAUUGGGAAGCAGUGGAAUUAUAUCCACAGCCCAAUUUCUAAAUGUUAUUUUUUCAAUAUAAUUAUUUAAAAAAAAACCUGUUGAAUUUAUAUUGUGUUUAGAAAAAGCUCUGUUCUAAAAUUUCUGAUUGUGCUUGCAAUUCAUCAGCGAUACUAAGCUGCACUUUAACCUUGACAACAAUGUUUGCUUACUUUCUACAACAGUAUGUUUGAGUUUCUUUGUACCUCGUCUGCUGCUCUGAUAAGUUGAAACUGCUGUUGCUGCACGUUUCCAACAACUCAUGUGAUCUACGUGGAUAACAUGAUCAGUCAGCUAAUGAGUUUUUUGUUUUUUGU